AUGGCAAGCAAGGUGCGCACCACGGCGGACGCCCCGGUGGCCCCGGAGGAGGCCAUGAAGCUCUUGAGGGAGGGCAACGACCGCUUCGUGAAGGGCGCGCCUCAGGCGACCCGCACCAACGACACCAUGCGCAAGGACUUGGUGGACAAAGGCCAGGCACCCCACACCGCCAUCAUCGGGUGCGCAGACUCGCGGGCGCCCCUGGAGACCGUGUUCGACGCCAUGCCCGGCGACAUCUUCGUGCUGCGCAACGCGGGAAACACCUGCACCCACGCGGAAGGCAGCAUGGUGGGCAGCCUGGAGUUCUGCACUGGCAAGCUGGGCUCUCGCAUGAUCCUGGUUGUUGGUCACACAAAGUGCGGGGCCGUGUACGGAGCGGCGAACGCCUACCUGGAGGCGAAGAAGAAAAGCGAGACGACCAGCGUGAGCUGCGCUCUCGAAGGUCUCUUGCUGGACUUGGCCCCCGUCGCCGAGAAGGCCGUGGCGGACAUGGGCGCCAACACUGAUCCGGAGGACGUGGCCGCGCACGCGGUGAAGGUGAACGUCUUCCACACCAUCGACUUCCUGCUGAAGUACAGCGCCCCCAUCCGGGAGAAGGUGCGAAGUGGCCAGGUGGAAAUCCAGGGUGCCGUGUAUCAUUUGGAGACGGGCAAGGUGGAGUUCAUGGGCCGCUCGCCGCAGCAGUCGGAGCUGCUCAGCUCCACCAUGGGGCUGCCCCCGUCCAUGACGCAGGAGGGCGGCCGCGUGGGCGGCUACGGCCCUCCGGCGCGGGGCGUGCACGGCGUGCGCACCACGGCAGAUGCCGCCGUGCCAGCAGAGGCGGCGCUGAAGAUGCUGAAGGAGGGCAACGAGCGGUUCGCCGUGGGUGCGCCGCUGGCCAAGCAUGCGAGCCAGCAGAUGCGCGAGGCGCUAGUGAAGCAAGGCCAGGCGCCGCAUGCAGCCAUCAUGGGCUGCGCGGACUCGCGGGCGCCCCUGGAGACCGUGUUCGACGCCAUGCCCGGCGACAUCUUCGUGCUGCGCAACGCCGGCAACACCUGCACCCACGCUGAAGGCAGCAUGGUGGGCAGCCUGGAGUUCUGCGCCGGCAAGCUGGGCUCAAAGCUGAUCCUCGUGCUGGGGCACACGCAGUGCGGAGCCAUCGCAGGUGCCACCCAGACCCACCUCGCCAGCAAAGCCGGCGGCGGGUCCAAGGCGGCGGGCUCUGCAUUGGAGGGUCUCCUGCAGGGCCUGUCCAAGGUCGCCGCUCAGGCGGAGGAGGAGCUUGGCGUGGGCAUGGAUCAGAAGCAGCUGAUCUCCCACACCAUCAAAACGAACGUGUUCACGUCCAUGGAGUUCCUGCUGAAGUACUCUCAGCCGCUCAGAGACCUGGUGAAGAGCGGCAACCUCGAGAUCCAGGGUGGCGUGUACCACCUGGAGACGGGCCGCGUGGAGUUCCUGGGCCGCUCGCCCAAGCAGGCGGAGCUGCUGGCCUCCGACACGUCGCUGCCGCCUUCCCUGGCCGCGCUGCCCAUCCGCACCACCACGGACGGCCCGCUGCCGCACCCGCAGGCGCUGAAGCUGCUGAAGGAGGGCAACGAGCGCUUCGUGGUGGGCGCCGGCAUCUCGGGCAAGGUCACCCCGGACAUGCGCCGGGCCCUGGUCAAGGAGGGCCAGGCGCCCCACACCGCCAUCAUCGGGUGCGCGGACUCGCGGGCGCCCCUGGAGACCGUGUUCGACGCCAUGCCCGGCGACAUCUUCGUGCUGCGCAACGCCGGAAACACCUGCACCCACGCGGAAGGCAGCAUUGUGGGGAGCCUGGAGUUCUGCCUCGGCGCGCUGAACUCCAAGAUGGUGCUGGUGUUGGGCCACACUGCCUGCGGCGCCAUCAAGGGUGCCACCGCAACCUACCUGAGCAAGACUGGCACCGCCAAGCCCCAGGUGAACAAGGCCCUGGACGCGCUGCUGGAGGGCCUCAGCGUGGUGGCCGGCAAGGCCUCCCAGCAGCUUGGCGCCGGCGCCAGCCAGGACGACAUCGCCAACCUGGCCGUGAAGCUGAAUGUUUUCCACACCAUCGACUUCCUUCUUCAGUACAGCCCGCUCAUCAGGGGCAAGGUGGAGUCCGGGGAGGUGGAGAUCCAGGGAGGCAUCUACGACCUGGAGACCGGCCACGUGGAGUUCCUCGGGCGGAGCCCGGCGCAGGCGGCGCUGGUGAAGUCCGCGGACAAGAUGCCCCCCUCCCUGUCUUGA